GCAGCAUCGUGUCCUCCGCGUGCACGCGUCCACAUACACGUCUUCAUAAACGUCUGCGUGUUUAUUUUUUGGGGCUUUUUUUGUUUGUUUGUUUUUGUUUUGUUUGCGCGCGCAGCAGCCCGAGGUCAAGAGUUGCUUUGGACUUGACGAGAGUGAACGGAUAAUAUGAUUUGAAGGCGACCAACAGGAUGAAUCGGCGCCUCCUGCAAACGCUGGUGCUGCUGUGGUCCCUGGGCGUGUCCGGCGUGCACGCCCAGUGCGACAAGUCCUCCGAGGGCUCCAAAGUCAACCUGUCCGUCAACCACCAGCUCCCCACCUUCACCGCCGACUUCCCCGUGCAGAACAUGGUGGUGCUGGACGGCGUGGUCUACGUGGGAGCGGUGAACAGGAUCUAUGCCCUGAGCCCCGACCUGGCCCGACUGUCCGAGUACCGCACGGGCCCCCUGCUGGCCAACGAGACCUGCGGCCGGGGCGCCGGCGGCGCCGGCUUGGCGGACAACCGCAACCUGGCCCUGGUGGUGGAGAACAUGUACGACAAGGGUCUGUACAGCUGCGGCUCGGCCGACAACGGCGUCUGCCGCCGCCACGUCCUGGACGACGACACCGGCCCCAAGACCGUGGACCAGGACGUGUACUGCUUUGCGGAGAAGGUGGGACCGGGCGCGGGUCAGGCCGCCGACCCCGACGUGGUGGUCGGCCCGUCGGGCUCCCAGGUGCUCAACGUGGAGAGCAACGUCAUCAAGUUCUUCGUGGGCAACUCGGAGAUCCCGGGCUUGGGGAGUCCCGGGAAGUCUUGGAGCCGUCCUCACACCUUCUCCCUGAGGAAGAUGAAGACCAGCCAGAACGGCUUCACCUUCUUCUCCAGCCUGUCCCACAUGGACCUGAUCCCGUCCCUGCGCGGGAACUACCACCUGCGCUACGUCUACUCCUUCCACAGCGGACCCUUCGCCUACUUCCUGACCGUGCAGCAGGUCAGCGAGGACUCGCGCGCCUUCCACACCCGCGUGGCGCGCACCUGCUCCUCCGACAUCGUCAUCCGCCGCUACGUGGAGAUGCCGCUGGAGUGCAUCAGCACCCACAAGCGGCGCCGGCGGCGCUCGGCAGAGGAUGUGAAGGUCUUCAACCUGCUGCAGGCGGCGCACGUGGCCAAGGUGGGCGACGACGUGGAGCUCCAGAAGCAGCUGAAGGUGGAGGAGGGCGACGACGUCCUCUUCGCCGCCUUCGCCCGGGGCAAGCCCGACUCCAGCGAGCCCGCCGCCGACUCGGCGGUGUGCGUGAUGAGCGUCAAGCACCUGAACAGCAUGCUGAAGAUGUACAUGGACAAGUGCAACACGGUGGAGCCGCACCACUUCACCGGCUCGCGCCAACGCUCCUGCUACAACGUGAGCUCGUCGGACGACUGCGACCCGCAUGAGGGCAUCCAUGAGGGCAAGGAGGGCAAGUACCGCCUGCAGGUGACCCAGUUCGUGCAGAGGUUGGAGUACUGGCACAAACAUCUCGCCAACACCUUGGUCACCUCCAUCAACGUGGUGCCCGUACACGGACGUGCCGUCGCCUUCUUGGGCACCGCAGACGGACGCCUCCUUCAGGUGCGCUUCUCCCGGUCGGCGUCCCCGCACGUCAACCUGCGCUUGGACUGGCGUCCCGUCACGUCCACGGUGGUGCUGCCGCCGACUGGCGAGGCGGACGGCUCGGGCGGAGCUCUGCUAUUGGCUACUGGCAACAAGAUCACCAAGGUGCCUCUGAUUGGCCCCGGCUGCGGUCAGCUGACCUCCUGCACUUCCUGCCUGCUGUCGUCGCGGGUGACCGAGUGCGGCUGGUGCGACGGCCGCUGCACCCGAGUCGGGCAGUGCCCCGCCUCCUCGGCGUGGGCGCAGGACUUCUGCACGCCUGCUGUCACCAAGGUGUCUCCAUCCUCAGGGCCGAUCCGAGGCUCCACGGUGGUGACCAUCUGCGGCCACAACUUUGGCUUCGACAAGACUGAGAACUUCAAGGCGUCGCUGGUGAGCGUGGAGGUGGCUGGUGUCCCCUGCAAGCUGGCCAGACAGGACUAUCUCAACAGGUGGUCUGAGAUCCAGUGUUCCCCAGUCUUUAACGCUAACUUCACCUCAGCAUCACACACCGUUAAGGUCACCAGUGGCCACGAGGUUGCACACUUGGAAGGAUUCACAUUUGUGGACCCUGUGAUCCACAAGAUCUUCCCGACAUUUGGACCCAAGUCUGGAGGAAGCAUGCUGACCAUCACAGGAAACUUCCUAGACUCUGGAAACAAACAGGAAGUGACUGUGGGCAAGUCUAGCUGUAAAAUACAAAGCUUGUCGUCCAGCAUGCUGACGUGUAAGACGCCGCCCCACGCCGUGCCCUCCCAGCAGCCGGUCCAGCUGACUGUGGACUCUGUGGAGCGCCCUGCCCCCCUGCUGUUCACCUACGAGCAGGACCCCAUCAUCAACAGCAUCAGACCUUCACGCUCCUUCAUCAGCGGCGGCUGCACGCUCUCGGCUCACGGCUUCUUCCUGCAGUCGGGCCUGCAGCCUCAGAUGGUGGUCACCACGGGCCAGGACGCCGUGGUCUUCCACGUGAGUUGCGUGUACGGUGAGAACCACACCACCAUCCAGUGCACCACACCCUCUCUGGCCAAGCUGGGCCUGCCGCCGCCCGUGGUCACCAAGGUGGCCUUCAUCCUAGACGGCUAUUCCACGGACCAGUGGGACCUGAUCUAUGUGGAGGACCCCCUCUUCCAGGACCCCAAGCUGACCUCCAAGGACAACAAGAGCAUUGUGGAGCUCAAGGGCGACCGCAUGGACCGAGAGGCCAUGAAGUGUCAGGUGAUCACUGUGUCCAAUCACAGCUGUGAGACGCUCACCGUGCUGGGGAACACGCUGGAGUGCACCGUGCCUAACGAGCUGCAGGCCGCCAGCGCCAAGGGGCUGCAGGUGGAGUGGCGCCAAGCGGACUCCAUCCGGCAUCUGGGCAAGGUGACCCUGGCCCAGGAGCAGGACUACACGGGUCUGAUCGCGGGCUGCGUGCCGGUCAGCCUGCUGCUGCUGCUCCUCGCCACGCUGCUCCUGUGGAGGCGGAGCAAGCGCAUCGACGAUCUGUCCCAGGUGUGGUAUGACGGCCGGGCUGACAUCCAGCACCUGGACCGGCUGGCCAACGCCAGGAGCGUCAGUCCCACCAACGAAAUGGUGUCGCACGAGUCCCUGGACUACAGGACCACGCUGCUGGAGGAUCAGAGCACAAGCCGACCCGAGACGUGCCGUGCGGUCCCUCCCAUGUACAGCAGGGGCGCCAGAGAGCUGCUGUCGCCCCAGCCGGGCGUGUCGUCCCGCAGGGUGGCCAUGGAGGUAGAGCUGGUGUCGCCCCUGCUGAUGGCGCCGGUCCACAUCGACCUGUCCGGUCUGCAUCCCGACCUGCUGACCCAGGUCCAGCACGUGGUCAUCGCCAGGGAGCGCCUGCUGCUGCACCUGCACCAGGUCAUCGGGAGAGGACAUUUUGGAUGUGUCUUCCAUGGAAGUUUACUGGAGUCAGAAGGAAAACAUCAACACUGUGCCAUCAAGUCUCUCAACCGCAUCACGGACUUGGAGGAGGUCACCCAGUUCCUGAAGGAAGGCAUCAUCAUGAAGGACUUCAGUCACCCCAACGUGCUGUCCCUUCUGGGCAUCUGCCUGCCGCCCCAGGGCUCGCCUCUCAUGGUGCUGCCCUACAUGAAGCACGGAGACCUGCGCAACUUCAUCCGGGACGAAAGCCACAACCCCACGGUCAAGGACCUGAUGGGCUUCGGACUGCAGGUGGCCAGAGGGAUGGAGUACUUGGCCAGCAAGAAGUUUGUUCACAGGGACCUGGCGGCCAGGAACUGCAUGCUGGACGAGAGCUACACGGUCAAGGUGGCGGACUUCGGUCUGGCGCGGGACGUGUACGACAAAGAGUACUACAGCGUCCACAACAAGAGCGGCGUCAAGCUUCCUGUCAAAUGGAUGGCGCUAGAGAGCCUGCAGACCCACAAGUUCACCAGCAAGUCUGACGUGUGGUCGUUUGGCGUGUUGCUGUGGGAGCUGAUGACCCGCGGAGCCCCCCCCUACUCGGACGUGAGCUCCUUCGACAUCACAGUGUUCCUGCUGCAGGGUCGCAGGUUGCUGCAACCUGAGUUCUGUCCUGAUGCUCUGUACGCACUGAUGGUGGACUGCUGGCACCCAAAGUCGGAGCACCGGCCGUCCUUCUCUGAGCUGGCGUCUCGCAUCGUCGCCAUCUUCUCGGGCUUCAGCGGCGAGCACUACGUGUUGCUCAACACCACCUACGUCAACAUCCACAAGGUCAGCCCCUACCCCCCCCUGCUCGCACCUGACCCCGCCCCCUCGUCCCCACAGCCCCUCCCCUGUCGCCAGGAGGAGCGAGACUCUUGCGCCUGAUUGGAGGAGGCGGGCGGGAACUACUGAGGGUCCAAACACUGGACGGUCCACAUGUACAUAGUCCUUCCACUUCCUGUCUGAGCCGCCAUGUUGCGUAACCGCGCCGUGAAGCCACGCCCACCCCGAUGUCGCCGCCCGCAGGCCGUUUUUGGUGGUGCGCGUGACCUUCUAUGAACGACCCGGACUUUGGGUUCAUGUUUUUUUCACCAGAAAAACCCCACAAUGCUCAAAUGAUUCUUCCAUCUCUUCCACUUAUCCGAGACGUGUGGCAGCAGCCCAAGCAGAGGAGGCAGACUUGCAACUGCUUUUGACACACAAGGUCACGUCGUACACUGAAGUGUGUACUCGCCACCUGCACAGAGAAAUUAACACAACUUUAACACACUUUCACACAACUUUCACACAAGUUUAAGACUUUGACACAACUUUUACACACCUUUAACACACCUUUAACACACUUUGACACAACUUUAACACACUUUCACACAAGUUUAAGGCUUUGACACAACUUUAAGACUUUGACACAACUUUUACACACCUUUAACACACUUUCACACAACUUUUACACAACUUUAAGACUUUGACACAAUUUUACACACCUUUAACACACCUUUAACACACUUUGACACAACUUUAACACACUUUCACACAAGUUUAAGGCUUUGACACAACUUUAAGACUUUGACACAACUUUUACACACCUUUAACACACUUUCACACAACUUUUACACAACUUUAACACAACUUUUACACAACUUUAACACACUUUCAAACAAGUUUAAGACUUUGACACAACUUUAACACUUUGACACAACUUUUACACACCUUUAACACACCUUUGACACAACUUUAACACUUUGACACAACUUUUACACACCUUUAACAUACUUUCACACAACUUUUACACAACUUUUACACAACUUUUACACAACUUUAACACACUUUCAAACAAGUUUAAGACUUUGACACAACUUUAACACUUUGACACAACUUGUACACACCGUUAACACACUUUUGACACAACUUUAACACUUUGACACAACUUUUACACACCUUUAACACACUUUCACACAACUUUUACACAACUUUUACACAACUUUAACACACUUUCAAACAAGUUUAAGACUUUGACAUAACUUUAACACUUUGACACAACUUUUACACACCUUUAACAUACUUUCACACAACUUUUACACAACUUUUACACAACUUUAACACACUUUCAAACAAGUUUAAGACUUUGACACAACUUUAACACUUUGACACAACUUUUACACACAUUUAACACACCUUUGACACAACUUUAACACUUUGACACAACUUUUACACACCUUUAACACACUUUCACACAACUUUUACACAACUUUUACACAACUUUAACACACUUUCAAACAAGUUUAAGACUUUGACACAACUUUAACACUUCGACACAACUUUUACACACCUUUAACACACUUUGACACAACUUUGACACAACUUUAACACACUUUCACACAAGUUUAAGGCUAUGACACAACUUUAACACUUUGACACAACUUUUACACACCUUUAACACACUUUCACACAAUUUUAACACACUUUCAAACAAGUUUAAGACUUUGACACAACUUUUACACACCUUUAACACACUUUGACACAACUUUAACACACUUUCACACAAGUUUAAGGCUAUGACACAACUUUAACACUUUGACACAACUUUUACACACCUUUAACACACUUUCACACAACUUUUACACAACUUUAACACCCUUUGAAACAAGUUUAAGACUUUGACACAACUUUUACACACCUUUAACACACUUUGACACAACUUUGACACAACUUUAACACACUUUCACACAAGUUUAAGGCUAUGACACAACUUUAACACUUUGACACAACUUUUACACACCUUUAACACACUUUCAUACCAAUUUUAACACACUUUCAAACAAGUUUAAGACUUUGACACAACUUUUACACACCUUUAACACACCUUUAACACACUUUGACACAACUUUGACACAACUUUAACACACUUUCACACAAGUUUAAGGCUAUGACACAACUUUAACACUUUGACACAACUUUUACACACCUUUAACACACUUUCACACAAUUUUAACACACUUUCAAACAAGUUUAAGACUUUGACACAACUUUUACACACCAUUAACACACCUUUAACACACUUUGACACAACUUUGACACAACUUUAACACACUUUCACACAAGUUUAAGGCUAUGACACAACUUUAACACUUUGACACAACGUUUACACACCUUUAACACACUUUGACACAACUUUAACACACUUUCACACAAGUUUAAGGCUAUGACACAACUUUAACACUUUGACACAACUUUUACACACCUUUAACACACUUUCACACAACUUUUACACAACUUUAACAUACUUUCAAACAAGUUUAAGACUUUGACACAACUUUUACACACCUUUAACACACUUUGACACAACUUUGACACAACUUUAACACACUUUCACACGUUUAAGGCUAUGACACAACUUUAACACUUUGACACAACUUUUACACACCUUUAACACACUUUCACACAAUUUUAACACACUUUCAAACAAGUUUAAGACUUUGACACAACUUUUACACACCUUUAACACACUUUCACACAACUUUGACACAACUUUAACACACUUUCACACAAGUUUAAGGCUAUGACACAACUUUAACACUUUGACACAACUUUUACACACCUUUAACACACUUUCACACAAUUUUAACACACUUUCAAACACGUUUAAGACUUUGACACAACUUUUACACACCUUUAACACACUUUGACACAACUUUAACACACUUUCACACAAGUUUAAGGCUAUGACACAACUUUAACACUUUGACACAACUUUUACACACCUUUAACACACUUUCACACAAUUUUAACACACUUUCAAACAAGUUUAAGACUUUGACACAACUUUUACACACCUUUAACACACCUUUAACACACUUUGACACAACUUUAACACACUUUCACACAAGUUUAAGGCUUUGACACAACUUUAGCACUUUGACACAACUUUUACACACCUUUAACACACUUUCACACAACUUUUACACAACUUUUACACAACUUUAACACACUUUCAAACAAGUUUAAGACUUUGACACAACUUUAACACACCUUUAACACACUUUCACACAACUUUGACACAACUUUAACACACUUUCACACAAGUUUAAGGCUAUGACACAACUUUAACACUUUGACACAGCUUUUACACACCUUUAACACACUUUCACACAAUUUUAACACACUUUCAAACAAGUUUAAGACUUUGACACAACUUUUACACACCUUUAACACACUUUGACACAACUUUGACACAACUUUAACACACUUUCACACAAGUUUAAGGCUAUGACACAACUUUAACACUUUGACACAACUUUUACACACCUUUAACACACUUUCACACAACUUUUACACAACUUUAACACACUUUGAAACAAGUUUAAGACUUUGACACAACUUUUACACACCUUUAACACACUUUGACACAACUUUGACACAACUUUAACACACUUUCACACAAGUUUAAGGCUAUGACACAACUUUAACACUUUGACACAACUUUUACACACCUUUAAUACACUUUCACACAAUUUUAACACACUUUCAAACAAGUUUAAGACUUUGACACAACUUUUACACACCUUUAACACACCUUUAACACACUUUGACACAACUUUGACACAACUUUAACACACUUUCACACAAGUUUAAGGCUAUGACACAACUUUAACACUUUGACACAACUUUUACACACCUUUAACACACUUUGACACAACUUUGACACAACUUUAACACACUUUCACACAAGUUUAAGGCUAUGACACAACUUUAACACUUUGACACAACUUUUACACACCUUUAACACACUUUCACACAAUUUUAACACACUUUCAAACAAGUUCAAGACUUUGACACAACUUUUACACACCUUUAACACACCUUUAACACACUUUGACACAACUUUGACACAACUUUGACACAAUUUUAACACACUUUCACACAAGUUUAAGGCUAUGACACAACUUUAACACUUUGACACAACCUUUACAUACCUUUAACACACUUUCACACAAUUUUAACACACUUUCAAACAAGUUUAAGACUUUGACACAACUUUUACACACCUUUAACACACCUUUAACACACUUUGACACAACUUUGACACAACUUUAACACACUUUCACACAAGUUUAAGGCUAUGACACAACUUUAACACUUUGACACAACUUUUACACACCUUUAACACACUUUCACACAAUUUUAACACACUUUCAAACAAAUUUAAGACUUUGACACAACUUUUACACACCUUUAACACACCUUUAACACAUUUUGACACAACUUUCACACAAGUUUAAGGCUUUGACACAACUUUAACACUUUGGCACACCUUUUACACACCCUAAGCACACUUUCACACAACUUUUACACAACUUUAACACACUUUCACACAAGUUUAAGACUUUGACACAACUCUAACAAUUUGACACAACCUUUACACAACUUUAGCACACUUUGACACAACUUUCACACAACUUUUAGACACUUUGACACAACUUUAACACAGGGUCACAACUUUUACACACUUUGACACAACUUUUACACAAAUUUAACACACUUUCACACAACUUUUACACACUUUGACACAACUUUUACCCACUUUGAAACAGCUUUUACACACUUUGACAGAACUUUACACAACUUUUACCCAUUUUGACACAUUAACACACUUUUUACACAACUUUUACACGCUUUGACACGUUUACACACUUUGACACAACUUUAACACACUGACACAACUUGUACACACAUUUAACACGUUGACACAACUUUGACGCACUUUAACACGACUUUUACACACAAUCAACCAACUUUAACACACUUUCACACACGUUUGACAACGUUUACACACUUUGACACGACUUUAACACACUUUGACAUAACUUUUACACACUUUGACACAACUUUAACACACUUUGACACAACUUUGACACACUCUGACACAACUUUAACACACUUUGACACAACUUUAGCACACUUUGAAAGAACGUUAACACGUUGACACAACUUUAUCACACUUUGACACAACUUUUACACAUGUUGACAACUUUUACACACUUUGACACAACCUUAACAAUUUGACAUAACUUUUACACACUUUGACACAACUUUAACACACUUUGAUAUGACUUUUACACACUUUGACACACUGACACAACUUUAACUCACCUUGACAAAACUUUAACACACAUUGACACAACUUUAACACUCUUCGUCACAACUUUUACACACAUUGACACAACUUUAACGCACUUAGACACAACUUUAACAUACUUUGACACAACUUUAACAAUUUGACAUAACUUUUACACACUUUGACACAACUUUAACACACUUUGAUAUGACUUUUACACACUUUGACACACUGACACAACUUUAACUCACCUUGACAAAACUUUAACACACAUUGACACAACUUUAACACUCUUCGACACAACUUUUACACACAUUGACACAACUUUUACGCACUUUGACACAACUUUCACAUACUUUGACACAACUUCAUCACACUUUGACACAACUUUUACACACAUUGACACAACUUUAACACGUUGACACAACUUUAUCACACUUUGACACAACUUUUACACAUGUUGACAACUUUUACACACUUUGACACAACUUUAACAAUUUGACAUAACUUUUACACACUUUGACACAACUUUAACACACUUUGACACACUGACACAACUUUAACUCACCUUGACAAAACUUUAACACACAUUGACACAACUUUAACACUCUUCGACACAACUUUUACACACAUUGACACAAGUUUUACGCACUUUGACACAACUUUAACACUUUUACACAACUUUAACACACUUUGACACAACUUUUACACACAUCGACACAACUUUAAAGCACUUUGACACAACUUUAACACAACUUUUACACAUGUUGACACAACUUUAACACACUUCGAUACAACUUUUACACACCUUGACUUCACACUAUUUUGGUUCAAGUGCAGGUUACUUCAAAAAAUGAUGGCGAAGAUGUGGGAGGAGUCGACAUUUCCACACUAAUUUGCAAAAAUUGCUGGUGAUGAUGUGGGAGGAGUCGACAUUUCCACACUAAUUUGCAUAAAAUGAUGGCGAUGAUGUGGGAGGAGUCGACAUUUCUCUGCUAAUUUGCAUAGAACGUUUGAGCGGGAGUGGGCGGGGCCAUGGACAGCCUGAAUGUUUGCAAGGCGAAAAAAGUUGUUUUAUUUGUGUUUCGGACAAUAAAGCGAUGUGUUGUAAAUAAGAAUGCUAGCGUUUGUAAAAGGUACAUUUUCUUGUUUUAUGCCUGCGUGCAAAUAAAAUGUUUAAAAGUU